AAAGUUUGAAAGUCGGAAGUAGUUUCGUUCUGUCGUGGCAGAGCUUCAAUUUUACGCUUCCACAAUGGUACUCAAACAAUGUCACACGCGACUCAACGUUUUUGCUCUUAGCCACAGUGAAAAGCGCUUCAACCAAGCCACAAGUGCAGAUAGAGCGAGCUUUUGCAGGAGUCUAUCUUGGAAAAUUUCAUCUACCGAACCUAGUUGGCCACAUUUCAAGUCCUCGGCAAGUUUCGUGAGUUCUUUAUCUGACACUAACCGGGCGAGGCGGCAAGCUGGGCUCAGACUCGUGCACCUGUCCGGAAAAGACAAGAGUUCUGACAGCCCCAUUAAGUAUGAUGUGCAGCCUGAUGUCCCGAAAGUCCGGAAGCUGUUCUUUGACACUCAUGCGGUGGUUCACCUCCUUGAAGAGAACGGCUUCACUAGUCAGCAAGCUGAAGCGCUAGUUAAGGUGCUCUUGAAGAUGACAAACUCUACCAUGGACACCAUUUAUAGUGACAUGGUAACCAAAGUACAGCAGGAGAUUAUGAUGCAACGUGUGAUGUCUCAAAUCGCGGCUUUAAAGAAGGACAUGGUCAUUCUUGAGAAAAGCGAGUUCUCUACGUUAUUGGAAGAGAGUGAGAAAUUGAAGAUCCAGCUCUGGCAGCUGAAGGUGCAACUAGCUGACAUCAUGAAUAAAGUACGCUCAGAGACACUUUUGGACAUGAAUUUAGAAAAGAGUCGCAUGAAAGAACUGAAAGCAGGCCAUGAGAGGAAGCUUCAAGAAACACGGACAGAAAUUUUGGAAAUGACUGCCGAGCAAGAUCGUCAUCUGACUCAGACCAAGAUGAAAAUUGAUACUGAAGUGGCGGGUUUGAAAACCAUGUUAGAGUCGCAUAAAUUGGACACGAUAAAAUACCUUGCAGGUUCAGUGUUCACUUGUCUCACCGUGGUCUUAGGUUUCUAUCGUAUCUGGAUGUAAGGAGCGCUCUGGGGGAGUGAUGUACUGUAACUCCUCUAAAUUCAUAUUCAGCUCAUUGAGACAAAAUCUCUGUUAUCUCGACCAUAUUCUGAUGGACUCUCAAGUCGAGCACAAUACAAGGAUGCAGCAGAUGUCUUCCAGGAAUGUUUACCAGCGUGACAACCCACUCAAGAAAUGGCUGAACGCUGUUCUAUGGAGUGGGAAAAAUAAACAGUAUCUUUUACUUUUGUAUGAAAUAUGACUUGUGUAUUUGUGGUGGUUGAGCUAUCCUUCAACUUGAUUGAAUGUUGACAAAUGUGUCUUGUUUUAACUGUCACGUGUGUUGUGAAACUAAUAAAAUGAACUGAUG